AUGCCCGAUUCAAAAGGUUCAAUCCCAGUUCGUGUUGAUCAAAUCCGAAUUCUUAAAUCCACAUUGCUGAAAUCCUCGUUUGUGUGCUGCUUAAACUGCUUAAAUCCACAUUUGUUGCUGGUUCUUCUCCCCCACCUGGGUUACCUCCCAUGGAGGUACUAUACCUUGGGUCCCUUCGCCCACCUGGAUCUGGAGCUCAUCGAAGCCCGGCGUCUCAUCCCGAGUGUCUCGGGAGUCCUGGAGGCGCACAUCGGCGACGAGCCUGAUGCCUUCGUACGGGUCUACAUUGACGACUGCCUUCAGUACUCAUCCAAGAUCAUUCGCAAUAGCCGCAGACCUCAGUGGAGAGAUGCGCAGACCUUCGAUAUUGUGGCCGACUUGUCCUUUAUUCGGGUGCACGGGAAGUUGCAGCCCAUAUUGGCGCCCGCAAAACCUCCAGCGGUCCCUGGAGUCCAGGUCUACGAUACGGAUUCAGCAAGUGUCCUGGACAAUAUCGAUCCCCUGGGCUUCGUGGAGUUCUGCAUUCAAGACAUCCCAUUUGAUCAGGAGAUUGAUGGCUGGUUUGAGCUACGAUUUCCUCAAAACCUCCAAGGGACCAAUGUGGAGAGAUAUGCGAUGCAUACUGACUGCAGAGAGGAGUGGCUGAAGCAUGAUGCGAGGCAAUUGCUCAAGGAUGAAGCGGAGAAGCAUGCGGCGGAGGACGACGAGGAAGGGAAUCGAGUGGACCGCACUGUGAAAGUGAAGGGUGUGGUCCCUGCCUCCCUGGCCUCCCGUGUCAUUCGACGGGUGCACCAUGGGAUCUCGGUGUUGGCCAACAAGGCACACGAAGACGACACGGUGCAGUACAAUGCCGGGGAGAUCCGUUUGAGGAUGAAGCUCCGGCGAGUGGUGCCUCGAGGUAUGGACGCCUUUGCACGCGCGCUGCAGCCCUCGUGUUUCACCUAUGCGACCUUCGUGCAGGAGGAGUAUUUGCCACAGUUGGAUCUACAAGAACUGGUGGAUGAUGCCAUGGACAUCAAACUCCAGCUCUUAGACGACCUGAUCUUUGCCAUGCUGGCGUUUGUGAGCUAUAUCGUUGCCUGGAAGUCGUUCUUCCUCUCCGGACUUUUGCUGGCCACGGUGAUUGCCACCUUCAAAAGUGAGCUUUUGGCUUGGGGCAUUUGGCAUCUCUGGAUGGGCGUGGUGCUGGUGCUGCUUUCGGACAAGAAGUGGAGGGACGUUCUGAGCACCAAUGGUUUGAACGCGCCAUUGAACCAGGAAGGUUUGGAGAUGGUGGCAGCCUGGAAUGAGACAUCAGAGAUGCAUUGCUUCUUGAUGCGGGUCGUGGAGGCCCGCAACGGUCAGAUCAUUGGCAUGCAGGAGCUGGUGCAUUGGGCCGGCACGGUUUGCGUGGGCCGUGGGGAGUUGGAAAUCACUUUUGAUGAACUGCUGGAUGCCAUGCAUGAAUUGUGGUUCAUUGAUAUGCCCCGGAAGCCGGUGGUCAAGAAGAAUGCCUUGGUGUACGUGGAGCGUCGGAAGGGCACAGUCACCAACGUCCGCGGCAGGACGGUGACCGUUGUCUUCGAUGAAUGUGCUCCAGACGAGCCACCCGAGGAGGACUUCGACAUGGAACUGGUGCAGCCGAGGAUCCAACCGCCGGCGGUGCCCAGGAUGUUCGUCCCAAAGAGCGUCCUGGGAAUAGUGGCGACAUUGCAGUAUCACAUCUACAACUUCCAUCGGGAGCUGAGCCCCUUCACACAGUACCUAAAGGAGUUUUGUACAUGGAAGAAGCCAGUGGCAGCAUCGUUGAUGGUGGCCUUCCUCUUCGGUCGUUCCAUCUUGGCCUUUGUGGGCUUCUUCCAGCCAAGUAGCUGGUGUCACGUGGGCGAAGAGAUCCUGCUGAAAAUCAGGAAGUGCAUCUAUCUUCUCUUGGUGGUGGCGGUGCUUUUCUGCAAAGCCCGUGGCAUCCGCGUGGUCCUAGGGGUGUUCUACAUCGUUGCCAGCUACUGCCAUUCUCGUCAGGCUCCAGAGUGCUGGAAGUUUUACAAGCCCCUUGGCGGACAUCCUUCUUGGAUGCUUUUGCUGGUGACUGGCACCGCUUGCCACCGUCGCAGCGUUUUUGGAACUUAAGUGGGUUGCAGUGGCUUGCAG